UGUAGACGGCGUCGCCACAACAACGUGCGGUACUGUAACACAAAACUAACGCCCCUCAAGCCCGGUUCCAGGAAGUAAUCCAGGUUUUGUGUUAGUAACAAACACACAAGCCAUAGAUCGGACACAAGGAUGCCACCUAAAAGGCGAAGUGCCGGGACGAGCCAAAACAAGCAGACGAAAAAGACAGCUGAAAGUUCAUCUUCGGACAUCAAACAGAGCCCAGAGCACCGAGACAAGGAUGCUAAUUUUGUUGCCAUGUGCCAGAGCCUUCAUGUGUCUGAUACGGUGUGUGACCGUGCUUGGAAGCUGUACAAAACUGUUCAGGAGUCCCUGGAUGAACCUGCUGAAAAUCAGAAAAUGCUUUGGGGAGCGUGUCUCUUCGUGACUGUGACCGACAUGGAUGUUGCUUCUUUCACCAUAACUCAGGUUCUAAAAGCAGUCAGCAUGAAUGUCAAGCUGUUUGUGGUUCUGGUUCGGAAGUUGGAUGUCAACUUGGACACAAUAAGCACCAAGGUGAAUUCCGCCCUGACGCGCAUGGAGAACAAAUAUGACGUGUCGCUGGCUCUCUACCAGAGGUUUGAGAAGACCUGCAAAAAUAUAUUUACUUUGCCCACUGAGGAGAUGGAGAAGGAGAUUAUACGAAGUUGCUGGACGAUGUUUCUUUUGGCCAAAGGAAGGGCCUUGCAGAUGGAGGAUGACCUGGUCAUAUCGUUCCAGUUGCUGUUGUGCACGCUAGAGUUGUUCAUAAAACGAUGCCCACUUGAACUGCUACAGCCUCUUUACCAAUCAGCCAUCAGCAAAGUUCAGAGCCCCGUGACUCGAACGUCUCGUCGCAACCAGAACAACGCCAAAGCUCGACCUCCUGAGCCAGAGGUGGACGUGCAACUUCUUGAAACCUUGUGCAAGAAGAACGAAUGCAAUAUAGAUGAGGUUAAAAAUGUUUAUCAGACCAGUUUCUCUGCCUUCUUGAGCUCUAUGGAUCUUCCCAAAUCUUCAGGACUUCCUCAGGUCAAUAGCCUCAACCAACUGUAUGAAGAGCACUACCUCAAGAGUCGAGACAUUGAUGGACGACUUUUUUUGGACGGCGAUGAGACGCUUUUUGCGCCUAAAAAGCAAACAGAACAAAUGGAGAGAACGCAAAAGAAGAACCCACUAGAUGAAGAUGCAGUGGUCAUCCCUCCUCCUCAGACUCCCAUCAGAGCCACUAUGACCUCCAUUCAACAGUUGAGGGGUGACCUCACCUCUCGUGGCGACCAACCAUCUACCAACUUGUCCACUUAUUUCCAGAACUGCACCGUGGAUCCGACUCAGGAUGUACUAAAGCGCUUGGAGACAUUGGGACUGACAUUCAGUCAGAGGUUUGCCAAGGCAGUCGGCCCACGCUGCAAUAUUCUUGGCAAACAGAGAUUUACCCUUGGUGUCAAACUCUACUACAAAGUCAUGGAGGCGAUGCUAAAAUCGGAAGAGAUACGACUGUCCGUCCAAAAUUUCAGUAAACUCCUCAAUGACUCCACAUUCCACACCUCGCUAUUGGCCUGUUCUCUAGAGGUUGUCAUGGCAACAUAUGGAGAGAGCAGUUUUAAGACAGGGGGAUACAAUCACGGACGCGGUGGUGACCUGGCCGAAACAGACCUGUGCUUCCCUUGGAUUUUGAACGUUUUGAACCUCACCGCUUUUGACUUUUACAAAGUAAUCGAGAGCUUUAUCAAAGCUGACCCGACUCUCAGCAAAGACAUCAUCAAACAUUUGGAGACCUGCGAGAACCUCAUCAUGGAGCGCAUCGCAUGGAGGACGGACUCUCAUCUCUUUGAGCUGCUGAAGCAGGAGCAUGAAAGCGGUGCCGUGGAACAGACGGAGACUACGGCUAGUUUCAGCCAACCACUACAGCACAACCACACUGCCGCUGACCUGUAUCUCUCUCCUGUCCGCCCGGGCCUUCGCACCAUGCCUCCAGAGUCCCCCGCCAAUCCAGAGUCUCAAGCUGCUCCUCCACCACCCAACCAGCCUGUCUCGCAAUCUGCCGGCCAGAACUCUCGGCACCCGAGGUCCAACUCUCUCAGCCUCUUCUAUAAGAAAUUGUAUCGUCUAGCCUACAUCAGGCUAAAAAUGCUGUGCUCCUAUCUACUGUCCUCCCAUCCUGAGCUGGAGCCCAUCAUCUGGACUCUCUUCCAGCACACCCUGCAGCAAGAGUACGAGCUAAUGAGAGACCGUCACCUGGACCAGCUGAUGAUGUCAGCUAUGUAUGCCAUCUGUAAAGUGAAGAGUGUUGAGCUGCGCUUCAAGACUAUUGUGUCAUCAUACAAGAACAUGCCCAACACCAGCCAGGAGACCUUCAAGCACGUGCUGAUCACCGAGGGCCACUAUGACUCCAUUAUUGUAUUCUACAACGAAGUGUUCAUGCAGAGGCUGAAAACAAACAUCCUGCAGUAUGCUUCCCAAAGGCCGCCUACCCUCUCUCCAAUCCCACAAAUACCAUGCAGCCCUUAUAAAUUCCCCAGCUCACCUCUGCGUGUGCCGGGAAGCAACAACGUAUACAUCUCGCCCAUGAAGAGCCCUCGCCUGUCCCCUGGCAUCAUGACUCCUCGCAGCAGAAUGCUUGUGUCCAUUGGUGAAUCUUUUGGGCAGUCCAAUCGCUUCCAGAGGAUCAACCAGAUGGUCAACAAUGGCGAGCGCUCCUUCAAGAGAACUUUGGAUAUGGGAGGCACUCCCAAGCCUCUGAAGAGGUUACGAUUUGAUGUAGAUGGGCAAGAUGAGGCCGAUGGAAGCAAAUCUGGCAGAGAUUCAACCCUCAUGAAGAGGCUCAAUGAGAUGAACUCCACCUGCAGUCGUAUGAAGGAGGAUGCAGAAUCUCGAAGGGAGAAGCAAUAAAACCUACUGAACCAACCCUG